UACCGUAAAUGGCACAAUAUAAGACACCUACACAAUAUAAGAAACCCCCCACAGUAUACGACACCCCGGUGGUAAUUUUGGGCGUCUCUGACAGACCAUCGAAUUAUCAGCGGGGGUACACAAUAUAAGAAACCCCGGUGGUAUUUGUAGUUGCGCCGCAUGCAUUCGCGGGCCCCCUCCUUCUUUUAUCACCCGGGGUGACAGCAUCUGCCCUCGCGCAUCAUCACACCACACACACAGCUGUGUGCGGAGGAACACCCCGCAUGCAGACCCCAAAGAACAUGAACAUGCAGGCAAAGCAGAGUGUAGCCGGCACUACCGGUAGUACCCCCGCUCCUUCGACCGCUGCUUCGGCAACUGCUUCGACUGUAGCAGCACAGGCGCCACAGCAGAUCACCUCCUUCUUUGGGCCCGCGCACUCUUCUUCUACGAGAGAGGCUCCUCCUGCCGGCACUCUUGCUCCUGCUGCUGCUGUUGAUCUAACAGGAGCAGAAGGAGCUGGAGCAGCAACAGGCGCAAACAUGACAGCCUCUGCAUCGCCUCAGCAGCAGCCAGUUGCUGGCUUGAUGUCAGCAGCGCGUUCGAGCACCGAAGCCGACGAAUCAACGCGCAGCAGCCAAGCAUCUCAGUUGGUGGACGUGGUGGACGAGGAGCCCACCACUUCCGCUGGGACGGAAGAAAGAUCCAAGGUGGGUGGCACACCCCCUGCGCCUCCAGGUCCAGCAUCACCGGUGCCAGCUCCAGCAUCGGCGCCAGCUCCAGCACCGGCGCCCGUCCCAGCACUGGCGCCAGCUUCAGCACCGGCGCCAGGUCAAGCAUCGGCGCCAGCUUCAGCACCGGCGCCCGCUUCAGCACCGGCGCCCGCUCCAGCACCGGCAGCAGCAACGCCGGCAGCGGGAGGAGCGCCGGUGGCCAAAGGUGAUGCAUCCGGCGACAUGAUGUUUCCCGGAGAAACAGAGCGGGGAGAUGGGCUCGGCGGCGUUCUCUUCGGUACGCCGGCAGAGAACAAGAACAAGAGGAAGAAAGGACAGCUGGAGUUGGAGCCGCCGGGCUUCCCGAUCCCCGAGUUUGGUGGCGGAAGCCAACGGAAGCGCUACCCUCUGAAAUUUAAGGUGGAUGCGGUGAGGUACUCACAGAGGAGGAUCGACAAGUACGAAGCCGCGCUGGCGAAAAUGGACACGUACAAGGGCGGAGCGAAGCGCAAGAAGACGCCAGCCAACAAGCGCUUGUCGCUGCAUGCCGGACGGAUCCGGACGCACACAGCGGCCGAGGGCGAGAUCGUGGACUGGAUCAACGAGCUGCGUUCUGAAGGCAUCUCCGCCCGUGUUUCGACGAAAAUGCUCAAGAACAAGGCCGUCGAACUCAACCCGAACUUCUUCGGAGAGAGGCCGGCGCCAUCCGAUCUCCAGGGCUGCCAGAAGUACAACAACAGGCAGAACCAGUGGUGCAGGAGGUUUCUCAGGGUCUACCGCUUCUCUGUGCGAGCGGUCACCCGACAAGGCCAGAAACUUCCUUCUGGCUGGCCCGUGAUCGCCAUGCAGGCUAUCAAGGAGUGGAGGACGCUGAAGUACGACGUGCCUUCCGCGCUCGAACUUGCGGACGGAGUCGAGUGCCUGGGGGUUGCGGCAGGGGCGGGAGCCAGCGCGAGCGGCAGCGGGGGUGGGAGUGGCGCUGUGAUUCCUUCGGGUCCGCGUCUCAAGUUCGACUUGGCGCAGAUCGGCAACAUGGACGAAACCCCCACGUGGUUCGAGAGCCCGGGGAAGGACACUGUGAACGUGAGCGACAAGGAGAUUUCCGUCAAAACCGGCGGCAAGGAGAAGAUGCGCAUCACAUCGGUUCUGACGGUGUUCGCCGACGGCACCAAGCUGCAGCCCCUUCUCAUCUUCAAGGGUCAGCCCACUCCGAAGGGGAAGUCCCCCGCCGCCAACAGCAUCGAGCGCGAGUUCAAAGACUACAGGGACAAGAAGGGCUGCGCGUACCCGCGAGGUAUGGCCUACGCCGUGGACCCCAAGGGAUGGCACUCCCAGCGGGUGUUCGACGAGGUGUGGGUGCCGCAGGUGUGGAACCGGCGCCCGGGGCGGCUCGGCCGCCUGGGCGGCUACCGUCAGCCUGACACGCUUCUUGCGUGGGACGACUACACCGUCCACAAGACGGACGCGUCUACCAAGGCGAUGAAGGAGUCCAACACGACGCUGUUCCUCAUCCCGGGAGGCCUGACUCCAAAGCUCCAGCCUUGCGAUGGCCUGGUCAACAAGAUCUUCAAGGCAAACAUGUCCAAGCUCUACGACGACCACAUGGCUUCCAAAGACGUCACGCGCAACGAGCGGGGCUAUCCGGAGCCCCCUUCGCGGGGCUUGGUCGCACAGUGGGUCAAGAAGGCGUGGGAUGCCUUGACCGCGGACGAAAUCCGCUCGAGCUGGAGGAAGGCUGGCCUGCUGCUGCCCUACGACGGGUCGGGAGACGAGGCCUGGGCCAACAAGGAGCUCGAUUCCAACGCCAAGGGGGAGCCCAUCCGCGGGCCAUCGGACGCUGCGGACAAGGCUGACCCGCCGUCAGGAGGCAAGAACGAGAACUUGCUGGAGGUGUUGGACAUCGACGAUGACGACGAGACGGGUGUGGUGGUGGUGGACGUGACCGACGACGAGGGCGGGGAGCUGUGAGGCAUCGGCAGCGAUGCUAGUUUUGAGA